GAAAAUUACCUCGAUUUUGAAUUUGACAUUUCUUAUUUCAUUCAAAUAGAUAAUUGAACCGUUUAUUCAACAUGAGAAAUCUACAAGAAUUUCAGCUACCUGUUGAUGGAGAAAUAUCAUUAUGCCAAAUAAACGGCCGAGUAUUUUCAAGAAAUUACGACGUUACAAAUUUGAGCGCCUUCACUAAUACAUUAGACCAUCACCCAAAAAUCCACAUUACUAGUGAUCAACUUCAUCCCAUAAGCUCAGGUGACGAGGGUAGAGCAUUAUUCUUACCGGUCGACGUCUCCUUUCUCAAACAAUUAACACAAGUUUAUUACGAGCAAGGUUUCGUCGAAGCUCUGCAUACAGCUGCAACUCACCAUCAUUUCCUUAUUUCCGAAUCCGCUAAAAUAACAUUAGGCUUAAUAAAGUACGUGAACAAAGCUAGGUUGCUAAUAAACCCGAAUUUGAGAUACAGCGGCCCCAGUUUAAUAAACAACUAUUCGCAAUCGAGAAACUGGCUGAAUUCUACAAUUAGAUGCAUUGCUUGGCAUCCGUACUGCACAAAGGUGGCUGUAGUCACUUGUGACGAUAGUGUAAGGAUUUUUAACGGAGACUUAAAUGUAAUAACGCCUCUCUUGAGAUGCAAGCAACAGAAGCAUAUUACCUGUGUAGCUUGGAGGCCGAUGUCAAAUACGGAGAUCGCCGUUGGACACGAAAACGGUAUUAUCGUUUGGAAUAUCGAUCCAAACUCUUUGGUAGCAAGACCAUCGAUUAGUAACGCAAUUGUGUUGCAAAGAAACGAUCACAAACCAGUCAUGAGCAUAGCUUGGUCUCCCAAAGGCGAUAAAUUAGUAAGCGUCGCUGCCUGCGAUAACACCAUUUACGUGUGGGAUGUCGAACUCGAUAAAACCAGCGUCCUUAAGAGAUCCGGUGGAUCGGGAAACGUUCUAGUUAGGUGGUCACCGACCGGGGAAAAGUUAUUUUCUUGCUCAAAUAGUUUGGUAUUUAGAGUUUGGGAUUGCCGGAACUGGGAGUGCGAGAGAUGGACGAUACCGAACGGUCGCAUUCAAUCGGCCAGCUGGUCGAAUUGCGGCACAACGUUGCUUUUUGCCACGAACGCCGAGCCGAUUAUAUACGGAGUUACUGUCAAAAACGAUUUGGUGUUCCGCUCCGAUUCGGACAGUUCCUCCAAUCAAGCGUUGCCCAUGUUCGAUACGUCCAAAGUCGAUAUCGAUGGAGUUACAGUCGGCGGGCUGGUGCAAUGCAUGGAGAGCGAUCCCAAAGGAAAACAUUUAGCCGUCAUAUUUCAGGACACCGAUUGCAUUGCGGUGUUUAAUAUCGUUAGACAGCACGAAUUGCAGCUAAUUGCCAACUCGUUGAUAACGAGACUUGUAGAUGAAAAACCCAGUACGAUAAGCUUCUUGUUAGAUUUUGAAGCCGGAGCUUGUUUAUCAGUAGGCUGGUCUAGUGGAAGAAUUCAAUACUAUCCGAUUAUUUACACCGAUUUAUCAACUAAUUCGCUAGAGAAGAGUCGUAUUGGUACCACUUGUAAUUCAUUUAAUUCUCCGUCGUUUCAUAAAUCAUUUUAAAUAUAAUUGCUGCUAUUUUAGGAUAAUUGUUUCAUACACUUUUUUAAACUAGAUAAAUAAACAAUUUUAAUAUUAAAGAUGGUUUUUUUUUCUUCUUAAAAUAGGAAUGAACAAUAUACACAUAAUACUAAGUAUGGAAAUAAAAUUAUAUUCAAUCACUUAACAAGUCAUCAUCUAUAUUGAUAUCCUGAAAAAGAGAAUAAAUUGUUACAACAAUGUUAACACAUAAUUCGGAAUAAAAGAAGAAAUAACCUUUACCAAUUUUUUAACUAACUUGAAAAGCCCUAAAAUCUAAAAUAAAACCCCCAUUAUAGUAAAUCUUACCGUUGUAUCUAUAUUUUCAUCAAUGUUCACUCCAUCAAGGUCCAAAUCCAAAUCGUCAUCAUCUUGAGUAAUCGAGAGUUUCUCCAUCUGUUCACUCGGCAACCUGCAAAUUAAUUUGUCACAAAACUUUGCUACAAAAUAAAGUUUGAACCGAACUUACGUAACCGAAGGAUGCGAAGUGCUCGGCAUCACACCAGCUCCACCUUUUACCUUCGCCUCCACUUCAGCUAUUACGUUUCUUUCGUGAUUCGGAGUAACCGUGGCAGCUGCAGCGGCCGGUAUGAAUCCGGAGUUGUUCUGUUCCAAAUAUUUCUGCGCCACAAUGGCUUCCUGGAGACCAGGAAACAGAUUAUCGUAGUCUUUAGGAUCCGCCAAACUUUGACCGGCUUUCUGAUUGGUAAUCGACAACUGCGCCCUCCAAAGUUCCACCACUUCGGAUAUUUUAUCGGGCAGAUACGACCGUGCGAAAAACGCAGCUUCGGGGAGCCUACCGGUGCUUAUCAAAAUAUCCAAACAUUUGUUCAAAUCCCCGACUAAUAAGUGCGAUAAAAACGCCAAGUUAUGCUUGCCCUCGGCCUCGGUGGCUUCGCCUAACGUCCUCACUACCUCGUCGUCUCCAGAACUGGUAGCUAAGAGUAAUAGACCGCCGUAAUCUUGGGCUUUCUGCAUGCACUCCUUGGCCAAUACGAGGUUAUUCGUGGACGCCGCCAAAUCGGCCAGCUGGCUCCAUUUCUGCGGAUUGUUGGCCUCCUGGGCCAGCAUCUUGGCGGUAUUUAAAUCCUCCAAAGCGACGGCCAGCUCGAACCUGUGUUCAGGAUCGGUGCUCACGGCAAGAGCCUGCUGUUUGAAACCUUGCUUCUCCAGGAAAUGCGCCACUCUCGUUCUGUGCUCCUUGGGAAUCGAAGGCAACACUCUGUCGGCCGUCGAGAAAUCUCUUCUCAUUACGGCUGUUUGGUACUCCAAGACCGAAAGGAGCAACUGAUAGCUGACCACUCUCAAUUCUUUGUCGACUAAAUAGAGUCUAUCGUCUUUGGGAACGUAGCCCAGCACGUACAACGGCCCAUCGAGAUGCGCGAUGGUCACCAAUUCACCUCCGACGAAGUAGUUGAUGCGGUUUACAGCGUUCGUGUAAAUGAAGCAAUCUCCUACCCAAAGACCCGUUCGAACGGAUUCGUUCACUUCGCCUAGGAGAUUGAACGCGGAUUCCACUCCAUCAUCAGCCACCUACAAAUUAUAAUUAAUACAAAUUGCACGUGUAUAAUUAAUACAAAUUACCUGGUUGUUAUCCCUUGCUUUUUGAACUUCUUCGACAUCGUAAGAUAGGAUGAAAUAACUGUCCUCGGUGGCCAAACAAACCAGUUUACCGCUAUCAGACCAGUAUAUCGAGCGAGGUUGUAUUUCGAUCCUUCUAACCAAAUCCAGAGUUUCCCAAUCGUAGAACGCCAAUCCGGAUACAGACUUCACGCCCAACAGAUAACCACCGUAGAUGCCUACAAUAUUUCAGUAAACAUUUUUUAACUGUUCUCAGCAUAUUUUCAUCGACUUCGAUAACACCAUACCUUCGGCUCCAAAGUCCGAUUUGAAAUUCUUCUUCUCCUUGAAGUUCUUGAAUAUUCUGAUGGUGGAUCCCGACUCUCUGAUGGCGUACUCGCUGGAAUCCUGCGCCCAAACGAACUCUUGCGCGCUACCGAACGCCUUGUUCCUGAGCGCCAUGGCCGUGUAAAUGAUGUACUCCCCGUCGCCGCAAACCACCACGAAACGCCCGUUGGGAUUGUGCUGAAUGGUCUGAGGGUAAAUGUCGCAGGCGCCCAUGUCUUUGACGGACACCGGCAAACGCUCGCCGUCUCUUAUUUCG